CGAGCUGCGGCUCUCAUGCCUCUUCCGUGGGGGAAUCUAGAGCAGAUGGGGGGCGGGGGAGCCUUGGCAUCGCUUGUGGCUGGCGGAAGGAAGGAGCGAGCGAGCGAGCAACAAGGCGACUCAGCCGCGGGCGAGGGAGCGAGUGGAAGGCAGCAGCCGCUGCGCGCACCCGGCGCUCCGUGAAGCGGUGCAAGGCGACUCCAGCGCGGAGUUUCUUCCUCGCCGGGCCUCUGGCGGCGGCGGCGGCUCCUUUUCCUCUCCUGCCGCAGCCCGAGCGAGGCGCCUCCCCCCGCCUUGUUCCUUGCUUGCUGCUUGCAGCCCGCGACAUCCGAGACGAGAAGGCCGCCGCCGCCGCCGGGCCGGGCGCUCACGCGUCCCCUCCGGCGCUCUGGAGUUCCUCCUCUCUGCUCAAGGGGUCUCGCCGCGCGCAGCCCCGCCUCGGAAGAUGGCCGGGCUAAGCAGCAAGACUGGCACCGCGGAGGCUCAGCCGGGACGCAGCGGCCGAGGGGUCGUGAUUUCGGAUAACUGGCCAGGAUACAGUUUGGAUCUGUUUACAUAUCCACAGCACUACUAUGGAGAUCUUGAUUAUGUGCUGAUACCACAUGGGAUCAUUGUGGACAGGAUAGAACGUUUGGCCAAAGAUAUCAUGCAAGACAUUGGAUACAAUGACAUUGUGGUUCUCUGUGUACUUAAAGGUGGCUACAAAUUCUGUGCUGACCUUGUGGAACAUAUUAAGAAUCUCAGUAGAAAUUCAGAAAAGUUCAUCUCCAUGAAAGUUGACUUUGUCAGACUGAAAAGUUACCGUAACGACCAGUCUAUGCAAGACAUGCAGAUCAUCGGGGCAGAUGACUUCUCCAAGCUGACUGGAAAGAAUGUGUUAAUUGUGGAGGACAUUGUUGGGACCGGAAGGACAAUGAGAGCUCUCCUCAAUACGAUUGAAGGAUACAAGCCGAAAAUGGUUAAGGUGGCAAGUUUGCUGGUGAAAAGAACAUCUCAGACUGAUGGGUACAGACCUGACUAUUAUGGAUUUGAAAUUCCGAAUUUAUUUGUGGUGGGCUAUGCCUUAGACUACAAUGAGUACUUCAGAGAUCUCAAUCACAUCUGUGUUAUCAAUAACCAUGGCAAAGCGAAGUAUCGAAUCUAAAGAAGUCACAAGCUAGCCUGAACUGGAAGUUUGGCACACCUCUUAAAGCAUCUCCUGAAGAAUAAUUCAACCAACAUCCAACUCAUUCAACAUGGGCUAGAACAAGACCUCUUCCAAGCAAGAGCUCCUCAGACUUGGCCAUUGUGAGCCUGCAUUAUCUCGAGCCUCUCUAGGGGGUAACCAGAACAAGACAAUGACACAGAAGUCAUAUUCUUUCUUACAUUUGUGUUAUGUUCAAAUACAGGGAUGAUUCGAUGCAAUUUUUUGUUUACCCUUUAACAUGCUCAUGAAAAGAUAGUAAAUACAGUUGCACUAUUCAGGAAAUAACUUGAUAGGGCUGUGGUAAGACUUUAAUGCACCCUGGGGGUGCAUCUUGCUGCUUCCAGUUUUCUCAAAUGACAUUUCUGUGCCUUCUUGCAAUCCCUCCUUCCUCUCCUCAUCCUCUUCUCACACUUCGGGGUUAGACUAGAAGAUCUCCAAUGUCCCUUCCAGCUCUCAUAUUCUGUGAUCUGCCUGAAUAAGUGCCACUGUUACAUAGUCUGAGGCUAUGACUCCUAUUAAAUGCUGCUACCUAUUACUUACAAUCAAUGUAGUAUUAAUCAAACCUAUCGCACAAUAUAAAGGAAACAUGUCCCUGCUUCUGAGAAAGAGAGAUAAAUGUUGAGAUUUAAAAGGGUUAGGGUCCCUAGCUAUGAAAUACCCCAGAAUGGGCAAAAUAUGGCCUGUGGCUACCAUCUGAAAUACCAAGGCCUCUUCUCUGGCCCACAUUGCUGUAGUAUAUUUGGCUUCUCCACAGCACCCAUUUUCCAGUCUCCAAGAAGGGUUGGAGACAGCUGGUGGGAGAGAUAGGUUAUGGGAAGAGGCGAGAGGCAUGGAGUGAAGUCAUACGAGAGUGACACACGGUCCCAAACUUUUAGUGCCAAAUUAAAAUGCCUUAUAUGACUGACAGGGAGUGACAGGUAUUUGUACUCCUGGCUCUCUGUAAGCUUCAUAAAAUCCUGUUGAGUAGCUUUGGUUGUCACCUAAAUAGUCACGUUCCGUUCCAUUCUAUACUGCAAUUGCCCAUCAGACGGCAUUGGGACUGGUAUUUCAGAGAUGCUGGUGGAUGACUUGAGAUUGAGAAGGGCAGUUCACCUGGUUGACAUUAGGGCAGGAGAAGCCUUUUACCCUAAUUUGGGAGCUCUGCAUACACCCAGUUUUUGAUUUUAUGUCAGUUGAAAACAAGAUCAGAGGCAGGGAGCUUGAUCAUGAGCUGAGCUCCAGUUGGGUAAGGUGAGCACGUCCUACCCAUAUUCCGUCCCCAACUUCAGAACGAGGUAAGAAGAAAAAUCAUCCUACCCAGCUGCAGCUUAGCUCACGAUCGAGCUCCCACCUCCGACCUUGUUUUUAACUGUGACACACGACUGAAAUUUGAGAGAGCGGAGCUCCCAAAUUAAGGUAGGAGGUUUCUACGACCUGUUCUCCCUUUGAAUUGCAGGAGUUUCUUUCUAAAGCUUUUGCAAGUUAUUUAGACAUUAAAAUGUACUGGACUCUGCCCUGUGACACAUCACUCAUUUCCUUUAGGCUCAUUCUUUGUAAGUGUACUUUAUGCAUUCAUUCCUUAUUCUAAGGGCCCAAACACAGGUGAAGUUAUGGUAAACAAGGUGUAAAUAGCAUGCAAGAGCAAUGUGUGAUCCAGCUCAGGUUUGUAGCAGGGGGGAUGUAAAGAGGGCUUUGACACCCUGCUGUGGUCCUGGUCUGUGUGCCCCCCCCCCCAAUGCAAUUUACACGGAAAGAAAAGUUCCGCUUGUCUGUUAAAGCAUGUGUGUGUAAAUAACUCAUGUGGAGGGCCUACAAUCUGUAUUGGGCUAAAGGCCCCUUACCCACCAUGGGCCUGAUCCAGAUCAUUUCCCAUGCACUAUUUGUACCAGAAAAAGCAAGCACAUUGGGGUUAAUAUGGCCUGACUACUGCCACGUGUAGUUUGGUCCCAAGGUUACACUCCCACGCAUAUGAGCCAGGGAGUGAAUCUUUAGUGCUAUGCAGCAACAACAAAAAACCAAGAGCCAUUCCAAUCUUAUCCUGUUCAUGUGUAUCAUCAACCCAACACACAGCGGGUUUGGAUGUGUUGAACUGAGCUGAUACAUCAGAUCGAUUCAGUGCAUUGGUGUGGGGUUAGAGGUGGAGGCUUUACCUAAUAGGUGAGCAGCGGUCUCCCCUUCUGUCUUUGAAUUACCUUCUGGACAGCAGCAGCAACACGUGAAAACACUGCCUUUUUCCUGAUGGCAGUCACCCCACAAUGCACUGGGGCAGGAAGCAACAUCAAGACAUUGAAUCCUUACCCUGGUGCUCUACUGGGGGGGGGGGGAUUAGCUAUGCCCUGUAAUUAUAGCAGCAGCCAUUCCUCCCCACUGAGAAAUGCACUGGCGAAAGGGUGAAACCCUGUGGCAUUGCUUCCUUGCCCAGUGCAUUGUGGGCCAAUUGCCAGCUGCAAAAAACUGUGUGCUAAACUGCCACUACUGCUGCUCAGGAGGCAACCAACUGCCAGUUGGAAAGAAGCCUUUUGCUAAGUUUCAGGUAAGCCCCUCACUGAUACAGUCCAAUACAACAUGAUAUUGAAGCUAUUCACACGGGCAGGCAAUACCAGGCUAAGGAAGCCCAGCCCGGUUUUGCCUGCACAUGUGUACCGUCAGGCCCAGUCCCGGCGGUGCCUCGGCAGCAAACUCACCUCGCAAGUGCUCUCCUAACUCUGUUUUUGUGAUCGUCUGCCAGCCAUGGCUGCUUGCAGCCAGGACUGGCGGGCUGUGGGGCUCCUGGCCAGCUUCAGGAAGGGGAGGGGGGAUUCCCAUAAUGCACUGUGCACUCGCACGGUGCAUCAUGGGAGCUCUGAGGGGCAGAGUGACACAUCUCGGCCCUCCCAGCAACUGACAGCAGCCGGUAAUCGUCUGGGUGGGCAAUCCCCCCACCAAAGAGGGAACCCUCAGCCUUCACUAGCCCUCUUGCCCUUUCUCACUGCUCGUGAGAAAGGGCUCAUUGUAUUAUAUUGAAUUGUAUCAGUUUAUCAGACCAAUUUUUCAUGUAUCCAAUGAAAAAUUGCUGAAUAGUGUCUGUAUUGCACUGGUUCUAGUUUUCAGCCUCGUGCAAAUCACAGCCCUAGUCAGUCUCAUUGAACACAGUGGGACUUAUUUGAGUAAACAUGCUUAGGAUUGUCAGAAGAGUAGUUGGUUUAAAUUCAGAUCAAAUCCCACACAGCAGGAUGGGAAUAUUCUUGUUCAAAAUGGGAAGCUCACCAGUGAUGGUGUGUUGGUGCAUUUCUGACAAGCCCCAGCCAUUGUUAUCUGUUCAUUCAAUACUGUACAGAACUGCAACAUAAUAACAUCGAAUCUUAAUUACUGUCUGCAAAACACUUUUGAUUUGACCUUUCAAAGGGAGAUCAUGGUGUGGCAUGAACGCAUGGAUGUACUUGACAAUGCUUAAUACACUGAAUUUUAUUUGAAAUAAAACAGUAGUUGCUGUUUGGAUUCCAAAUGGCAUCCUUUAAUUUGUAUACAACAUAGGAGUCAUGGAUUUGACAAAGAAACAAACAAACCCUAAAACCCUCAAAGGAUUUGAAUGUGCAGUUCCAUAAUGAAACCUAGUUAUAACCAAUGUUUGCUUGGGUGGCAUUUCUUUUUCUCAGAAGUUGAUUUUUCUAAUAAUUCUCUUUUCCAUAAGCACUUAACCUUUCUGUGAAUAUGAAUAUAGGAAUAAUGGUUUAGAAAAUAUAUAAACUUGUGUUCUAAAGACUAGGAAAUAUUUUAUAACAAAACUCAAUAAAGCAUUAUAAAUGUUACUGACUUGUGAGGCUUCCUGUUUUCUUCACCACCAUCUGUAAAAUAAUAUUUCUCAUUUACUUUUUAAACUUAUUGGACGAAGGUCAUUCUGUGCUGUUUACAAACUGCUCUCAAUAACGUCCUGAAGGAAACCAAUGCUUCUUUUCUGUUUUUUAAGUACUUACACAAACUUCUUUGUUCUAAACGGCAUGGGGGCUAUUGUUGGUUGAGUGCUGUUUCCUUUACACUAAUAAACAGUAAUGACACUUUUCUGGAUUACAAA